UAUUGGUUCUAGAACGCUUAAUUUUCUCAGGAGAGUUUCGAAAUUCGCCUUGUGUUUUUACAGCUUUUCUGUUUAAUAUCGUUUAAUGACACUUUGAGGUAACUCAUCCGGUGUCAUUGAGAAAAAACGGAACGGAAUUAUUUUAAUUAUCGGGCAAACCCUCCGUUUUUAAGGGUUUCAAUGUACAAUGAUUCAAUAUGACGAACAGAAGCUGAAGGCAGUUGAGCUAAUCUAGGGUUUUUCGUCAACAUCUCUAGUUUGCUCUAAUCAACUAUUUUAUUUGAGUUUAUUUAGCUGUAUUUAAGGGUAUUAAGGCUGUUUGAGAUUAUUGGUUGUCGAUUAGUAAGUGGUAGCUAUUGCCGUUAGCUAUACAAGUGAGCAUUUGACGGCGUGAGUGAUUAUGGAUUUCGACAAUGUGCUGUCCAUCGCCACCCAAAAUCAAGGGCUCAGCUGCGUACCGAAACGGUAUAGCUUGAAAACUGGUCCACCAAAGAAAGAUGUCAAAGUGAAAGGGGUUAAUUCAGCAGCAGUGCAAGCCUUCUUGAAAAAGCAAGCCAUAGAGCAAAAGAAAAAAGAACUACAGCAUAAGAAGUCAAAAGAAGAGCUACUUGCCAAAAGAGUUGAACUAAAAUCAGACAGGAAGGCACGGGCAAUGGCUUCACGGACCAAGGACAAUUUCAAAGGUUACAAUGGCAUCCCUGUCAUAGAUCAGCCCAAAAAGAGGCAGUCAAAGGCAGACAGAUGCGAGGAGCAGCAGACAACUGAUAUGUAUGAAGAGGAGGAGGACAAUUAUGAUUAUGAGGUUUCAGAUUAUGAAUCUGACGAACAAAGCAGCCUUGUUAAGGCUCCAUCUAGAGCUGAUGCCCCAAACAAAGUCGACAUCAAACAGAAAAAACCUAAUGCACCAGCUAGGCCCGCCCCGCCACCCAUGAACUUUGCGGACCUCUUGAAACUUGCUCAGAAAAAACAGUUUGAACCUGUUGAACUGAAACCAGUGAAGAAGACAACGGAGGAGAGGCUUAGAACAGCGGAAGAGAUUCGAGAACUUGAAAUGGAGCGCAAAGUUAAGAAACAGGAUAGAGGGUGGGAUGCCAAACCAGACAAGAAUUCAGGUCCGAAAGACAGCAAAACGCAAUCCAGCUCAAAUUCCCAAAAUAAAAAUGGCGACAGAGAUGGAAAGUUGCCCAAGACAUCAAUGGAUAAGCAUUCCUCUAGCAGUACCAACAAAAAGCCAAAGACACAAACACCCAGUGAAAGAACUCCUGUUUCUGCCAAACUACAUGGAGACAGAGCCAGCUCAGGCUCAUCCGGUACCUUAAAUGGUACAUCUGCCAUAAAGAACAGUACAUUGUUACAGGCUAAACAAGCACCACCCAGACCCUCACAGGGCCAGAGGCCUACAACCUCAAAUGACCUUGCCUCAAAGAAGGGGAAUACCUCAACACCUCAACGGAAGUCAAGUAUUUCUGGUAGUCAUACUGGAGCUCCUAAUGUGGCUAGAUCAUCGGGUCAAGGAACACACAGAAGCUCUUCGCAGGUUAGACCUGGCCAGAGUAACUCCGAUAGGGGUGGCCAUCCUCAGAAACCAGCAAAACCAGGAAAUUUAGCUCGAUCUGGAAGUGGUGCUCCACCUCGGCCUGGUAGCAAUGGAAUUUUACACCCCUCUUCUGGUGACCCUUUAAGGCAACCAAGACCAGGUGGGAGUUUACAGGGUCAGCAACUUCCUGGAGGCUCUAGGGCCUCUAUAAUUGGACCAAGCAAGAUGGGAAGUGGUAUUUCUGGGAGGCCAGUAAACAGCAUGGGUUCAGGCCCUGGAAGACCUCAGUGCACUGUUGUUUCAGAGACCAUUUUAUCAAAGAAUUUGGCACCAAGACCUGGGAUGGCUCCAAGGCUUCCAGGACCUCAAGGCCCCAGGACCACAGUUGGCCCCACCGGCCAUAGACUUUUGGCUAGACCUUCUGGACCAGCGCAGCCCCCAAUAACAUCAAUCUAUAAACGGAAGUAUGAGGACGAGGAAGAGUAUGACUCGGAAAUGGAUGACUUCAUCGACGAAGAAGAACAAGAUCAAGAUGAAAUUUCAAAACAUAUCAGGGAAAUCUUUGGCUAUGACAGGAACAAAUAUAAAGAUGAAAGCGACUAUGCACUGAAGUUUAUGGAGAGCAGUUGGAAAGAUCAGCAAAAAGAGGAAGCUAGGAGUUUACGCCUGGGAAUCAAAGAGGAUAAAGAAGACUUGCUUAUGGAGGAGGAGGAGAUGAAAAGAAAACUAGCGAUGAAAGCAAAGUGGAAAAAGAUUUAGUUGGAUUUGAUGGACAUUGACUUUGAUGUAGUCUCAUUGAAGUGGAUAGGGUAGGAGUGGAAAGGAAAUUUCUUGCUUUCCUUGUGCCGCUGACAUUUUUUUACACUUAAUUAUUUGAAUGCCCAAGCCAUGGAGCAGGUUUGCACGUUCAAGAGCUCAUCUGCCGUACCGGAGAUUUGGAGAAAAUAAUAUAUGAAACUAAUAUCGAGAAUCAUGACGGCAAUUUUUAUCAGUAGAAAUAAUGAAAUUGGUCCUAGAAUUUAUUUUAUUAUUUGUACCAUUUAAUUGGUAAGAUAAGACAGAAACUACUAUGUCUUCCUAUGUAUUUAGUGACAUUUCACAAAUUGUUCUUGUAAGGUAAAUUACAUCACAAAAAUGUAAAGGUUAUCUAGCUAGACAACUCUUAGUCCACUAACAAAAAAGUACAAUGGUAACCUAGUAAUGCCAUGUUUUUGGGCAUGUAAUGUAAAGUUUUAGAUGUAUAAUAGAAUUGUGUCCUUUGAAGAAAUUUGAAAUGCAGUUUAAAUAACGUUGCAUAUGAAUUUACUGAAUAGUCACUCAUGGUACAUAAUAUCACCUGAUGCCAUCACAAUAUAAUUAUAAACCCACUAUUAGUCUGCAUUUAAAAUGACUUGGUUUGAUGUCCUCUGAGGCAUACGGUUGAUACAGAAGACUAGUUUCGAUUAAAAAAAAAAAAACACGGUUUUUGGACAGUUGCAUUACCAACGUAUUUUUAAAAGGAAUGUACAAAGUUGCCUUUCGAAAUAUAUUCCGCUAAGACCUACCUUUGAAAUGAUCAUUGUAGCCCCUAUAUGAGUGAUAUCUCAACUGUCCAUUCGCAAACCGUUGGUUAGUUGCUAAUAGCCAGGAGGAUGGGUGGAAAACGUCUCCAGUUACUCGUGUAUCCUCGGAUCCCUGAGAUGAAGGGAAUGAGACAUUGCAAUGAACGCGAUGGGGAAAUUCCUUUCCCACGACUUAGUGGAAAACCUUGUGUCUUAACGGCAAUCUAAUGAUUGGCAAUGAUGGUUGAGCCUAGGGUUGCAGCGGUUGGGUUGAAAAUUGACGGUUAUCAUGCCAUGUACAUUUUCUUAUCUCCGGUAUUGAGAAAAAAAUGCAACCAGACUCUCAUAUGCGCAUCUCCUUUAUUCCUUUUCUGCCUGUCAGACUCGUCAACUUGCAACACACACAAACACACACGCAAGCGCAGUGGAGAAAAUGUCUGAGAGAAGUGAGGUGAGGGGGUCUGACAUGAGUGUGUGUUAAAGCAGUGUUUCUCAACUGUGUUUCUCAAUGCCAUUGUUCUCCCAUUGAAGAUAUUUCGGCAGCCGCCCAAGGUAUAGACUAUUUAGGACGUCUCGCUUUCCCCUUUGAACAAACUUAGCGAUCUGUAGUGCAAUAUUCUGCUAAUGGAAAAGUGUUAUAGUGAUGUUUGGUGCUUUAAUCAGUGAUUAAAUUAAAUCUAAAAGGAGGAGUAAUCAUUGACAUGCGAGCAAAAGCAAGCCAGAGACGAAUAUGUAAAUGUAUUUUUUCUUUGCGCAAUUUAGAAACGUUGAAAUCCCUUCGUGCAUGUAUGUUAAUCUAACUAGCUAGUAUUUAUUUUUCAUAAAUACAUUCAUUUAUUAUUACUAUUAUUUAAGACUAGCACACUGACCAUGGUAAUGAGGAGCCUUUCCUUCAGUGUAAUAUGUGUAUAAAUAUGUAAUAUUAUGUAACAAACGGGAUAAUAAUGGGCUCAUAUAAGUAAAUAUGCUCUUCAAUUUUUAAAAGGGGGAGAGACAACUUCCUGUAGAUUUUGUUGUUGACAUCAUCAACAAAAAUAAUGACACUUGAUGCAUGUACUUGUACUGGAAAACCAUGAACAAAAAACUAUGCGACAUAAAAGGAAAUGCAACCCAGGAUACAUUAAAUACAGGUUAUGUUUAAUCUAUGCCAGGUCGACAUUUGAUUUCCAAUGUAAAAUCUGUCCUGUAGCAAAACCAGUUGAGAACCACUGAGUUAAAGGUACAGACAGGAGCAGUAUAUGUUAACUGUUAAUAAUCAUAGGACAUUACUUUAAAAGCUCACACAGCUGAUGUUAUUUUUCAUUGAGUAGUUCAUUUAACAUGUAAACUAACAUGCUUUAGUUAUAUAACAUGUUAUAGUUGCAUUAUAUUUUUUUAUCAUGUUUAUAAUUCUGUUUAUUAUAAUUAUUUUACCUUUUUUAUUUUUUCUAUUUAUUUAUUUUCAAAAGGGAGACUUUUUUUUUUUUACACAUAUGUACCAAGAGUGGAAGCAGCAUCAUUCUUAAAAGUGUAACACAUACUUCAGUAAAAUAAAUGGUUUCAAGUUUCAAUUAUAAUAAAGUGUUUGCUCAAAAAUAAAUCAAUAAAUAACCCUUCUGUUUUCACUAAUAAUAGUAAUUGUGUAAUACCGUAUACAGUGAAACCGAGAUAUUUUCUGAGACUGUUAUCAUACUGUGAAAAUCUCAUACCAAUGCAACCCUAGUUGAGCCCUUCCUUUUUAGGCACACAUUUGCUCUAUAUGGGUGCUCAAACAGAAUUUCUUCAGAAUUUUCUUACUUUAGGGACAAGAAUGCAUUGCUCAUUCCUCAACUGUAUUAGUAGUGCGCCCAAGUCAUGUCUCGUUCCCUUCAUCUCAGGGAACCGAGGUUACAUGAGUAACUGGAGACGUUGCCUAUUGAUUUAGUUCACUUGACAUUGCAAAGAACACUAGGGGAACAUCCCAUCAUGCAUACGGAGCAUCUUACUCUAAGAUGUACCAAGGUAGAAACGCAUAGAAGAAUAUGUAUAUGAGUUCACGGCCCUUCGGGUGGUGACUUGUAUGUCUUCAGGUGUGUAUGUAAAUGAAUAACCACACAUGGUUAUUCAUGGAAGCUCAAAACAAUCUAUUGCAUCUUUUGCGAGAUUGUGAAUAUGGAAAAUCAGAAGGAAAGUUAAUCUGAGGAUCUAUAUGAGUCAUAAAAUACACACUUCUAUUGGAAAUGCUUGUGACCUCUAGUGGGAGUAAAUUGGAUAGCGGAUAGCAGCUGUAUUAAAAUAAGUACAGGCUGCCCACUUUUAAAAAGGAGCUCUGGCUCAUCCGCUGGGUGAUAGAAUAAUAAGCACUCCAGACAGAGAGGACUCGCAAAGUGAUUGAUGCCACGUCUAGGUCUUAAAACCUUGCAAACUUGUUCUGCGAAGACCAUCCUGCUGCAAAUCAUAUAUCCUUUAGGGAUGUACCAUUUGUCCAUGCUCAUGAGGAAGCCAUGCCUUUUGUUGAAUGUGCCUUUACGCCAAUAGGACAUCUAAUGCCCUGUGAUUCAUAAACAAGGGUAAUCUCAUCAAUGAUCCUGUGAGAGAGCCUUAGUUUGGAGACAGACAUGCCUUUUGUGUGUCCUCCAUAACAAUCAAAGAGCUGAUCUGACAAUCUAAACUGGGGAGUGCGCUUCACAUACGUGUGCAAUGCCCCCACAGGGCAUAAUAAACUGCCCUGUGGGGCAUCAUCCAAAUUAGACGGUGGAGAAGAGAAAGCUUGUAGUUGCACAAUCUGAGCCCUGAGGGGAGUGGAAAGCACCUUAGGCACACUUUUUUGGGUGUGAUGGUGGCUUUUGAAAGCCCCAGACCAAAUUCCAGACAUGAACGGUCAACCGAUAGCACCUUUAUAUCACCAACCCAUUUGAUUGAGGCCAGAGCCGACAGCAGUGCAGUCUUUAAAGAGAGCACACAUAACUCAACAGAUUUCAGUGGUUCGAACUGAGGGCUUGUGAGCGCCCCCAGCACCAGAUUAAUUCCAAUUUUGGAACUGUAGCAGGGCGAGAGGGGGUUCGAGCGCCUCGCUCCCCUAAGGAACUUUAUGAUCAGAUCAUGUCUGCUUAUAGAGGAACCAGUCUCUAGGGCAUGAAAUGCUGAUAUGGUCGACAUAGACCUUGAGAUUUGAUGGAGUAAGACCUGUGUAUACCUGCUCUUGAAGGAAUGUAAGGAUCUCCGUUAUGGAGCAAUUCACUGGGUCUUUGCUGUGAGAAGAGCACCAAUCCACAAACAAUGCCGUUUUAAUGCAUAGAGGCAUCUCAUAGACAGUGCUCUAGCCUGCAAAAUGGUGUUCAUUACAGACUGAGCAAGUUCGGGCACGUUCACUGUGCUCCGUUCAGGGGCCAUACGUGUAGGUUCCACAGCUCCGGCUGGGGAUGAGAGACAGUGCUCUGUGCAAAUAGUGUCCCAUGGAGGGCCACCUAAUAUCUCCAUUUAUGGAAACCAUGACUGGUUGGGCCAUUAUGGCGCAACUAACAGAGCCGUUUCCUUGUCCUCUCUGACUUUCUGAUGACAGAGUGGAGGAGACAUACCGGGGGAAACGCAUAUUUGCGUUUUGUCGGCAACUUGUGGGCCAAGGCAUCCACUCCCAGCGGGGCUUCGGACAUGGAGUACCAAAGAGGGCAGUGGACUGACUCUGCAGAGGCAAACAGGAUUAUUUCCGGUUUGCCGAACGUCUUAGGAUGAAGCCUCCAUUCCCCCGCCAUCAGUCCCUUGCACUCCACAGUUUAGAUUGCCCAGAACAUAUGUUGCACGCAGGGAAAGGAGAGGCUCAUCUUUGUUUAUUGUGCGAUUGAGUGCCGCCCUGGCGAUUUUAUGUAUGUUACCUCAAACAUUGUCUGACCGAAUCAGAACGUGAUAGUUCACUAUGUUGGAAUAGAAAGCUUUCACCACUAAGAAGAUGGCUUGCAUUUCCAAGCAGUUGAUGUGCUACGCCCGUUUCGCACCUGUCCAAGUGCCGAAAGCCGGGUGUCCAUCGCAUAACGCACCUAAACCCGUGUUGGAUGCAUCCGUGGUCACCACUUUUCAUCAGAAAACCUGACCCAGCAUCACACCCUGCUGAUAAAGUUUUGGAUCUGUCCAUGGUGCCAGAGGUGAGUCAUGGUGAUGCACAUACACCCCCCACUUGGUACAUGGUGUGACUUGGUACAUGGUUUUUGAGCCAACAUUAGAAAGGUCAAGUCCCUGUGCUCGCGUAGCAGAGCCUUUGAUCGGUAAAGCCCUUUGCGGGCGUGGCAGCUCAGAACAAUCUCUAUUGCAUCUUUUGCGAGAUUAUGAAUUUCUGCACGUAAUAAAAGCAUGUCCCAUGACAGAACCGUAGUGGAAAAAAUGCUGUUGAAGUGAGGCAGCCUGUGUGCGAACUGGGCCGAAUACCCAUGUUCGAUAAUUUUUAGCACCCAAUCUGACAUGCCCGUGAGCGUCCGCCAUGCAUUCACGUAACUGGAUAGCAGCUGCUUUAUAUUUGACACUAAUUGUGAUAGCGCACCGCUCACCAUUGGGAAAUGGGGAGGCAAGUCAAAUCCUCAAGAAUGGCAUGAGCCAAAGUUGAUAAGUACACUAAGGUAUGGUUUAAGAGUAUGCAAACAUAAGAGAGAGAAUUGUUUGUAUGUGAUCAUUAUGAACGGAACCCAAAGAGGGCUCAAUUCAAAUGUCACAGAUGCAGAUAGGCUGGAGGUCUUGCUGCAUUUUGAUGAGAAAAUAACGGCUGUGACAUUUUCUCUGUCCACCGUAUGGGGAACAACCUCUAUUGUGUCUCUAACAAGGACAUUUACUACAUCGGAGUGCAGAAUGGGCAUGUCAUGCACUAUAACAUUGAGGUUGGAAUACUGUUGAAGUGAGGCAGGCGUGUUGUGAACCAGAAUGUAUAACCGCGCACUACCAUUUUUUUUAACACACUGAAAAAUGCUUGCGUGUUUUACCUGUGUGUUGAGGUGAGCUGCCAUUUAUAAGACGGUAGCACUUUGUGGGGAGUGUGGGUUGAUUUUUCUCUGGAAUCGUUCAUUCAGACGAGAAUUUUCCGGCUUGACAGGAGGCGGCCAAUCAAGGCCAAGCUCCUCGACCGCCUGCGCAAUAACACUUGUUAUAACUUGUUUCAGUGGCCAUUGUGCGCUCCUCACCAUCGCCGGGGGGAGGGGGCAGCAACAUUCUCCAUGGACCAUUCUCCGAUACUGCGAGGGACACGGUAUCAUUAUCAUUGUCAGACCUGCUGAGUACGACAACACCGUGCUCUCAUAGAGGCCCAAAGGUCGUCACAUGCAUACUGCACUGGCGAAGAUGCUGCGUGGGAAGAUCCUAGGGCUUGCAUGGGCGCGAGAUCCUCCUCUGGUUUUUCCAUCUCUACCUCACAGCCCUGCCGUGCUUUCUCACAUGGUCCCUCGAGACUUAACACAGAGGAGGGCACGAGAGGUAGAAUUGUCCCUCAGAACGAUGGAGAACUUACAGUGGAGCGUCUUGAGACUCCGCUGUAGGAAUGUCUUCACAGUGAGGACAUCCUGUCCCACUAGAGCUGCUUCAUCGUGGGCGCAGCUCUCAUGUUGGUCUGACAGAGUGAUGUGUCGCUCUAGGGACACUUGCGAUACGACAUCUGUAAAAAGAUGUGUACACACAAGCGGCUCUUUUAUAGUGUUUUUUACGUCACUUGGAUGGAAUAUUAAAUAUGUAAAUCAAAGGAUACAGCUCCUACCUGGAUGCUGCGGGAAGCAGAUAGAUGUUUCGCUGAGCUAAGAACCCAUUCUGGUGGAGAGACUUCGUCGGAACACUAGAGGGGGCAGGUAAAUCUUUCACUGCAGGCGCUGAGAGUCAGGUGAAGAACACCCUGCUGCGUCUGCAGGGAAUCCUGUCCGCUGAUGGUGUCCAUUGACAGCUAAGAGAGGGCUGAUCCAGAUGUGUAGUCAUGAUGAGGUCGGUCUUGAAGGAAGAACAUUCUGAAGGAAUUAUGUUUCAAUGCCCGCUUGUAUAGAGCAAAUGUGAACCUAAAGGGGUGGGGCUCAAACAUCACUGCAAUAAGAUGUCCAUUAUAAUACAAGGGCUUCAACUAGGUCCUGGAAAAGGAAUAUCCCCAUAGCGUUCAUUGCAAUGUCAAGUGAACUAAAUCGGUAGGGAACAACUUCGGAUUGCAAAUGUUUCUUGAUAUUACAGUCAAAGUUUGUGUACUUCAUGCACAACAACACAACAUGCUGAUGUAAUCUCAGAAAAUGUUUUUUGCAAGAUCCAGAGAAGAAAAUCUUUUUUCCGUGAGGCAAAUCGUUGCCUUCCUCUAGUGGGCGAAAUUGCGGCUCAGAAAGCCGAAACCUCCAUCAAAAUUGCUUUCAAGGCAACUCAGUCCACUCGUCCGACAUCUUUGGAAUGCAGCUAUUUUAUGUAAACAAGCUCCAUAAAUGUACAGCUCUGAUCCAUUUUAAUGGGGGGAAAAACAAAAUCAAUGAUUGCAAUUAAAGAACCUAUUUAAAAUCGGCAGUAAGACAACAGUGGCCUCAUAAAUUGCUCUUCUUUAGCCCAAAGUUUUUAUGCAUAAAAACUUUCACACUCUGAAUGGGAGAUCACAGCAUUUUGCUCCAAGAGCAAAAAACAACAACAACAGAAAUCCACUAUACGUUUGAAUGACUGUCUUGAAGAGUAAGAAAAUAGAGAGCAGUGGACUAAGGCAAUUAAGAUUGUCAUACGGGAGAUUUUGCCAAAUUUACUGUCACUAUCUCAGCAGCAGCUGUGGUAACUCAUUUUUGAACUAAUUCCAGUGUAAUAUAAGACAAAGCAUAAUGUAAUAAAUUUACACUCAAUAUAAAAAAUUUUUAUUAAAAAAGUUGGUUAGAUUUACGCUGCUAAAUAAGGUGGAAACGAAUCAUCACAAUCUGUGAAAAAGGUCUGUUUUUUAGGCUUGCAAAUUAUUUUAUCAUUUUUGGUAAUUUCAUGACUUACUAACAGGCCCGUAAUUUCAUUACCAUUAUAUGACCAAUUCAGGUUGUCUUUAUGUCCUCUUAAAGUUGCAAGAUUACCCAGAAUGGUCCAGUUAUGUAAUGCGUUCAUAAUAUUUGUGUAAUUCUGUAAAUUAUUGGCAACGUAACUCAAGUCAUAGGUCCGUAAUUGAUUACCAUUACAAAUUCCAUUUUUUUUACAUUCUGUGAUCCAAUAUAUAUAUAUAUCCAGUUGCAACUCAGGAAAUUGCAUUUCUAUGACAGAUGUGUUGUAACCGUUUAAUAAUGCUAUCAUUUCAAGUUUUGUACAAUUUGUUUGGAUGACUUGAAAUCUUAAAAAAUGUCAUUAUAAAACAAAAUGUUUACAUACUAAUUAGUAGUUUAUGUAUCGUUUGCUUUUAUAUCUGUUUGCUUAUAGUAUCAGAUGAAUAAUUAUUUGUACAUUUAUUAUUCAGAAUCCUCUGCACAAUAUUAUAGAGCCUGCAUGUCAAAUAAAAUAAAAAACA